AUGGCAGACAUUGAACCAUUCACCAUCGUCGUCCCUGACUCGGCCCUGUUAGACCUCAAGACUCGCCUUUCCCUCGCUCGCUUCCCGGACGAGCUUGAGGGGGCAGCUUGGGACUACGGCGCGCCACUGGCGGACGUGCAGCGCCUGACAAGAUACUGGAAGGACACAUACAACUGGCGCGAGGCAGAGAAGAAGCUGAACGAGCUGCCCAACUACCGGACCACGAUCCAGGUGGAGGGCGGCUUCGAGCCGUUGAAAGUGCACUUCCUCCACCAGAGGUCCCGCGUGGAGAACGCGAUCCCGUUGCUCUUCGUGCACGGCUGGCCGGGAAGCUUCAUCGAGGCCGUCAAGAUCUGGGACAAGCUGCCCUCGCCGGACCCGGGCUCGGACGACCCGGCAUUCCACUUCGUGGCCAUCAGCCUACCCAACUACGGCUUCUCCGAGGCCCCCCGGAAGAAAGGCUUCGCCGUCGCCCAGUACGCCGAGACGUGCCACAAGCUGAUGUUGAAGCUGGGCUACGACGAGUACGUGACCCAGGGAGGCGAUUGGGGUUACUACAUCACGCGGGCCCUCGCGCUGCUGUACCCGCAACACUGCAAGGCGACGCACGUCAACUUCGACCAGGGCGAGGCGCCCUCGCUCCUGACGCAUCCGACGCUGGCGAUUCAGCACGCCCUCACGCCGUACACGGCGGCGGAGAAGGAAGGGCUGAAGCGCACGAGCUGGUUCCUGCGCGAGUCGUCGGGCUACCGCGCGCAGCAGGCCACGCGGCCGCAGACGCUGGGGUACGCGCUGGCCGACUCGCCCGUGGCGCUGCUGGCGUGGAUCUACGAGAAGCUGCACGACUGGAGCGACGCGUACCCGUGGACCGACGACGAGGUCUGCACCUGGCUGAGCAUCUACUGGUUCUCGACCGCGGGGCCGGCCGCCAGCCUGCGCAUCUACUACGAGUCGACGCACGAGUGGGACCCCGACCCGGCCAGGCGGGUCACCCGCGACCGCACGCGCGACUACAUCGGCGGCGGCGUCAAGUUGGGCCUCAGCCACGCGCCCAAGGAGCUGAGGGUGCUGCCCAGCACCUGGACACGCACCCAGGGCGACGUCGUCUUCGAGCGCAGCCACCCGGACGGCGGCCACUUCUACGCCUGGGAGCGGCCCGAGCACCUGCUGCGGGACGUCAGGGACAUGUUUGGCAAGAAAGGCGGCGCGCGGAAUGUGGUCAAGGGGAAGAGCGGGUAUUGA